UGAGCACCAAAGACGUUUCAAGAGGAUUACGUCCAUUCUGUGGAAUCUUCGAGGAACAGUCAAUGCCAUAAGUUCUACUGGGAUCGACAUUUUCAAGAUUGUGCUAAUUUCUUGGUAUCGAAAAUGAACAAGUGUGGAAUAGUUUCGAGAAGAUUUUUUCGAGUUCGCAGUGCAAAGUGUCAAGAUGUCAUUACGAGUGCUUGUGAAGUGCCGAAAAAUUUUGAUUUCAAAGAGGCUCGACCUUACGAAAGCGUCCCAGGACCAAAACCUUUACCUUUGUUGGGUAACAGCUGGAGAUUCAUCCCUAUCAUAGGUGAUUUUGAAAUAGAACACAUAGACAAAGUAUCGGAACGACUGUACAAUGAAUAUGGAAAAAUUGUGAAAAUGGAGGGACUCCUUGGAAGACCAGACAUGUUGUUCCUCUUCGAUCCAGAUGACAUUGAACAAGUUUUUCGUCAAGAAGACCUCCUGCCCUACAGACCUUCUAUGCCAUCUUUGAAUUAUUACAAACACGUCUAUAGGAAAGAGUUUUUUGGGAACCAUGGCGGGGUAAUAGCUGUGCAUGGUGAACAAUGGCAAUCUUUCAGAUCUAAAGUGAAUCAAAUCAUGAUGCAGCCACGAGUAGCAAAGAUGUAUACGUCAGCCAUUGCUGCUACAGCACAGGAGUUCAUUGACAGAAUUGAAAAACUCAAAGAUGAAAACGAAGAAAUGCCUGAUGAUUUCUUAAAUGAAAUCCACAAAUGGUCCUUGGAAUCUAUUGCCAAAGUUGCUCUUGAUGUCCGAUUGGGCUGUUUAGAUGAAAACUCUAAUCCAGACUCUCAAAGACUGAUAGACGCUGUGAAUACUUUCUUUAUCAAUGUUCCAGUUUUGGAACUGAAAAUACCGUUCUGGAAACUAUACGCGACCCCCACCUUCAAGAAGUACAUUGAAGCUUUGGAUACCAUCAGAAAUAUUUGCCUGAAAUUCAUUUAUAAGAGUAUGAAAGCUAGUGACGACAUCAACGAUGGAAAUGAAAAAUCUGUUCUGCAAAGAGUACUCAAAAUAGGAAACGAUCCCAAAAUUGCGAGCAUUUUGGCGUUAGACAUGUUUUUAGUAGGAAUAGAUACGACAUCCAAUGCAGUUGCUUCUAUACUAUAUCAACUAGCAAUCCACCAAGAGAAGCAAGAAAUACUAAGAGAAGAAAUCUCUAGAGUAUUGCCGCAACUUCAAACACAGAUUACUAAUGACAAACUUGAGGAUAUGCCAUAUUUGAGAUCCUGCAUUAAGGAAACUCUGAGAAUGUAUCCGGUUGUUAUAGGAAAUGGAAGACAAACUACAAGUGAUUCAAUUAUAAGAGGCUACCAUAUACCAAAGGGGACUCAAGUGAUAUUUCAACAUUACGUCAUUAGUAAUCAAGAGGAAUAUUUCCCGAGGAGCAAAGAAUUUCUUCCUGAGAGAUGGCUCAAAACCAGCUCGUUUUCCAAAGAACACCAUUCUUUCGCUUCGUUACCAUUUGGAUUUGGAAAGAGGAUGUGUCUUGGAAAGAGAUUUGCCGAUUUGGAAAUACAAACAGUUCUAGCAAAGAUUUUCAGACAUUAUACCGUGGAGUAUCAUCACGAGAAGUUGGAUUAUUUCAUACAUCCCAUGUACACCCCAAAUGGACCAUUGAAACUAAGGUUUAUCAAAAAUGAUAACUGACAGUGAAGGAUAGCAAACAAAGCAAAAACUUCGAAUGGACCUGUGAUGACACACACUAUCAAUUAAGAUGUACCUGAUACCUACUCUAUGUAUUUGAUGACAAUUUUGUAUAUUUUUUUGUUAAAUAUAUCCAUUAAUUUUGGCGAGUCCGCUUUCUGUCGUA